ACUUCAGGUUGUUGUUCAGUCUCAGUGACGCAGAUGUGAGCAGCCGCUGUCCUCUGUGACCGUAUACUUCCGGUGUUUGCGGGGUGGAUGUAGCAGCAGGGUGCUAACGACGGUUAGCAGUUAAGUUAGCCGCAAUUAGCCGGAACCGGAGUGGAAACAAGUAGAAGCAGCAGGUCUGUGAUGAUGAUGAUGAAGAUGAUGAUGAUGAAGAUGAUGAUGAGGAUGACGUCCUCCCUGUAGGAGGACCGCCUGCGGAGCGUUUGUGGCGUCACGAUGCAGAUCCUGGUGGCGAAGCUGCUCGGCCUUCUGGGACUGUUCGUCCUGAUGCUGGCCGGCGUCCUGGUCCCCGUGCGCCUCCUGCUGGUCGACCACGACCGGGCGCUCCGGUACCGCAGAGCGCUGUCCCUCUGCAACUCGUUCGGAGGAGGGGUGUUCCUCGCCACGUGUUUCAACGCCCUGCUGCCCACCGUCAGAGACAAGUUUAUCUUGUGUCCUCAGGCGGGCGACGUGUUGCGGCGGCUGCAGAUCACCAGUGAUUAUCCUCUGGCGGAGACGAUGAUGAUGCUCGGGUUCUUCCUCACCGUGUUCGUGGAGCAGGCCGUCCUCACCUUCAGGAAGGAGAAGCCGUCCUUCAUCGACCUGGACACCUUCAACGCCGGCGGCUCCGAGGCCGGCAGCGACUCCGAGUACGACACGCCCUUCAUCUCCUCGCCAGGCGGCGGCAGGGGCGGGGUCAAAGGCGGCCACCGCUCCCAUGGACACCAGCACGGACACUUCAGUCCAGGUGAGCUGGCGGGGGCGGGGCCUCUGCGGCUGGCCAGCCUGGUCCUGGCGCUGUCGGCCCACUCGGUGUUCGAGGGCGUGGCGCUCGGCCUGCAGGAAGACGGCGCCAAGCUGGGCGGCCUCUUCCUGGGCGUGGCCGUGCAUGAGACGCUGGCCGCCAUCGCCCUCGGCGUCAGUGUGGCCAAGGCGUCGCUGGGCAUGAAGGACGCCGCCAAGCUUGGAGUCACGAUCAGCCUGAUGAUCCCACUGGGCGCGCUGGUGGGGAUGGGCAUCGAGUCGGCGCAGACGCUGGCAGGCGGCGUGGUGUCCGUGGUGCUGCAGGGACUCGCCGCUGGCACUUUCCUGUUCGUCACCUUCUUCGAGAUCCUGUCCCGAGAGCUGGACGACAAACGGGAUCGCCUCCUCAAGGUGCUCUUCCUCAUCCUUGGGUACGCAGCGCUCGCCGCGCUCGUCUUCGUCAAGUGGUGACGGACGGACAGGAAGUGAUGGACUCUAAAAGGAACAGUCGAGCUGAACAUCUGGCUAAGAGUGAUGCUCCUGAAACAUCUGGAGCAGCUGGAUGAACACGUUUCCUCUUCACAACGUGAUUUUUAUUUCCAGCUGUUUUUCUUCUUCACUGUUUUUCUCGGUGCGUCGUUGAAAUGAUCUGCUGACAGGGACAGUUGUGACAUCACUGGUGGGUGUGGUCACAGGUGCAAGACUCGUAACCUCAUUCAACCACUGAAACCAAUAACAAAAUGUAGCUGAAACUGAAUAAUGAAGUCGUAAUGUUUAUGAAUAUGAAUAUGAUCAGAGGAGUAUCAGUGAUUGGCUGACCAGGCGCAGGUCAGGGGUCGUGUCCUAGGUCACAGGUGUCUGUAACUUUUGACCUUUGACCUGUUUGUUCCUGAUGUUGAUCUUCAUGAAGCUUUUGCGUCUCUACAGAUGUUUUCUACAAAUGAUCAUAAUUCAUGUUCAUGUCUCUUGUCUCUGGUGUUUGUUUAUGAUCACGAACAGUCGUCUAUUUAUUUUGUCUACGUUUUUAUUACGUCAGUAGCAAAUAAAAGAUUAUUAUUAAAGGGGCCAUAUUAUGCUCCAGGCACCUCUUCA